CCGGUGAUCACAUGACAGCGGUGGCGUAUAUAAGAUCCUUCUUUAACACUGAGAUCAAGGAUAGUUGGUGAAUAGUCGCUUCUCAUACCGAGGAGAAAGAAGAUUCUACCAUCAUGUUGUCUAAGACAUUGAGAGUCGGUUCGUUAGCGAAGUCAAUCCGUCCUGUCGUCGCAGCGAGCAGUGUGUUACGGAGAGGAAUGGAGACGCAAAUUCCUUCUGGAUCUUCUAAAUCUCAUCCAGGAGAACUGAAGUUAGUCACAGGAAAUCCCUUAAAGAAUCCGCGCACCGAGUAUCGAAUGGUGCGCAAAUAUCAAGGAAAGCUAAAGGCCUGUAUCCUUGACUGGGCCGGUACUGUAAUGGACUGUGGCGUCUACGCACCUGCUGUGGUGUUCGUAGAAGUCUUCGCGCAAGAAGGCGUGCCCAUAACAAUGGAAGAAGCGCGCGAACCAAUGGGAGCACACAAGAAAGUUCACAUAAGAAAAAUCACCAACCAGGAACCAGUGCGACAACGUUGGCACGAGAAGUUCGGCCGCUAUCCCAAUGAAGAAGACGUAGAACGCAUGUUCCAGAACUUUGUUCCAAAACAAAUCGAUUGUCUUGAACAAUAUUCAGAGAUGAUAUCUGGUGCCGCGGAUACUGUGACGACUUUGAGAGAAGAAUUUGGUUUAAAGAUUGGUUCAACCACAGGGUUUACCACCGCCAUGGUCGAUAAACUAAAAAAGGCAGCCGCUGACCAAGGUUACGUUCCAGACUGUUACGUAGCAGCAGACGAGGUUCCUCAGGCCCGACCAUACCCAUAUAUGGUAUGGCUGAAUGCUAUUCGUCUUGACGUCAACCCGGUAGAGGCCAUCGUCAAGGUUGAUGACACUGCUGAUGGGGUCAGGGAAGGGACGUCCGCAGGGUGUUGGAGUGUUGGUCUAGCAAAAACAGGAAACUAUGUUGCCCUCAACGAAAAAGAAAUAGCCGCCCUCUCCGAAGAAGACUACGAACGAAGAUUGAAUCGUUCCUACGAAAUCCUUUCAAAUGCUGGCGCACAUUAUGUAAUUGACACCAUCAACGACCUUCCUCCUGUAAUUGAUGACAUCAACCGACGUCUGGUUUCCGGUGAAAAGCCUUGAGCACGUGGUCACGCUCUUCAUAGUCAUUGGCUAAUUCUUGUCAAAUUUUCCGAGUGUUUUUUUUUUAAUUUUCUUUUCAUUUGAGUCUAAUGUGGCCAUCCUAUGGUCUGUAGUAAGUUAUGAUUAUGCAUAAAUAUGACUAACAGGGAGGGGUAUUGAUAGAUAAUGAACCUUAAUGCGCAUGUUAAACAAGUGAGACCGCAAACAAGAAUACUGCUGGCCAUUAUGAAUAGAAAGCUUAGCUAAAAUAGAAGCAUAACGUGCUGAUAUAGCGAGUCCGUAAAGAAGUAAGGGAAUUUCCAUCGACUACUGGUAAUACCCAUGAGUGUUGAAUGUACUCACUCUCUCAUAGGGAAAACCAACUCUUUUCUGUUUUGUUAAAUUUUGUAAUUUGCGAAAUUUUUGUAACCCGCCCCUCGAUUUGUAUGUAGUCGGCGAGUUUUUCUACCCAAUAUCUCAUGUGCAAACAUUGUGACCAAACCGCGUUCGUACUUCACCCAUAUCCUGUGAUUUAUCUGGACAGCAGUGCAGAGCAUGCGCACUAAGAAACCUGAAGGAAAUCAAUUUUGACCACAAUAUGAUAUAUGCUUGACAUUCCCCAAUGAAUAUCCAUACUAAUUUUACUAACAACCUAUUUAUUUUAUUCUGAAAAGAUUAUGUGAUCCAGGCUAGUGCCCAGGGUCACUCGUUUCCGUGUUGCUUGGGUUCUAGCUCGCGUUGAUAUAUUAAAAUAAGUGUAUUUUUCUAUUAAAAAAAGUAUUAAUAUUAAGGUAAUAAUAAACUGAAUUCAACGUU